AUGUUGUCCGAAGAUCAGAUACGUCAAGUAAUCGAAUCCGAGCAAAGAUAUAAAGCGCGCGAAGAAGCAGCAAAAGAGCUACGCAUAGCCCGCAAUGCAGGGGAUUUAGAUCGUAUCAGAGAGCUGUUCCAAACAACGCCGCUGGACUCCACCAACGCUACGGAAGAGUUACUUGGGAGCGUUCUUACAGAUUCAACAGAUGUUGCACGAUGUCUACUCGAGCAAGGGGCCGAUGCGAGCUGCAUAUUCAUCUCUUGUCUCAGCCAGUGUCGCUCGCUCGACAUGUUCAAGCUUCUGGCGGAAAAUGGGCUUGAUGUCAAAGCUGAGGGACACAGAAUUCUAGAACACAUGGUUGAUUGCAGAGAGAUCCUCGACUGGCUCCUUGACCAAGAAGUUGACAUCAACCAGCCUAUGGAUCGCCUCACGGGCGGAUUUAACCUUGCUAAAAGUGAAUACAAUCGCACGCCGGGAGUGCUCAAUAACGCUGCAGCCACCGGCGAUAUCGACCUUUUCGACCACUUAGUUUCCCGUGGUGCCGACCCCUCCCGGAGCGUUGCACUGCAUCACGCCCCUCGAUGCCCUGAUACUGAUAAGACGGUAGCCAUGAUCUCCCAUCUCAUUGAGAAGUAUGGUUUCGACGUCAACGCUAACGAAAAAUACGGGGGGAACCCUUACUAUUUCCACGACGGCCCUGAGUGUGGGUCACCGCUACACUGUGCAGUUGUCUUCAAGAAUAUCGCAGCCGUCACACAUCUUCUAAAGAAAGGCGCAGACCCCCUGGGUGACAGUUCAUAUUGCCCUCUUCUGGCGGCUGUUGGUCGCCUCGACAUCAAUAAAUUUACAGAGGCUAUUAGGCCUCUUCUCGACGCCGGUGCAGAUCCCACGUCUGGUUUAACUCGCGCCAUUCGGGAGCAAAACAUCGAGGCCGCUAUGAUCUUCCUUGAAUAUGGUGGCGACCCUGGCCCUGGUGAGGAUGAAAACGUGAGAUGGCAAGCAGAAGGUGGGGGUGAUAAUGAUUCUAGGAUUACCUACGAGAUGGGAAACGUAUUAAAUUACUGGAACUCUGACUCUAUGAUAUCUAGCGGCGUAGUUGAAAUGCGGAUUAGCGCGCCGGCCGGUGAUUCUUGCACUACUGCUAAUACUGUUCCAGUUGUCCUAUGUGUUCCUGGUGUUCCACGUCGUCCUGGGUUUCCAGGGCUUCCAGGGCAUUCUGGGCUGGCAUGUGCUGCAGGUAUUGCAGGUAUUGCAGGUAUUGCAGGUAUUGCAGGUAUUGCAGGUAUUGCAGGUAUUGCAGGUAUUGCAGGUAUUGCAGGUGUUCCUGGCCGUCCAGGCCGUCCUAGGCUUCCAGGGUUUCCAGGGCAUCCUGGGCUUACGGGUGUUACAGGUGUUGCUGCUUUUGCUGCUGUUGCUACUGUUGCUGCCGAAGAUACUAGUUAUAGCAUAGUCACUGUGGUGGUGACUCUGGUGCUAGUAAUGGCAGUUGCGGAAAUGUAUAGAGAUAGGAAGUAUUUAUAG